GCCGCGCCGUCGGGCUUCCCGGUGACGCCUUGCCUGCGCGCGUUUGGGGCGGCGCUGGCGGAGCAGUUGGCGGCGCAGGGCUCGCAGCUCGCGGCGCUGCAGCAGCAGCUGGCGGGGGCGCCGUUGCCUCGAGCGGCCGCGCCAGUCGUCGGCGGCGACGGCGGCGGCGACGGGGACGCGUUUGCGCUGGCGGCGGCGCGGCGCGCGGCGGCGGGCUGCAUCCUGCGGCUGCAGCUUCUGCAGUCCGUGGCGGCCGGCCUGGCCUGCGAGCUGGGCGGCAGCCCGGCGCAGUCCAGCGCGGCGCUGCUGGACUGCCUGUACCGCCGCCUCGCGUGCGGCGACCCCGCGCUCAGCGGCCCCGCGGGCGAGGGCGCCGCGGGGGCGCUGCUGCACCUGCUGCUCAGCAGCAUGAUGCCGCUGCUGGGCGCGCUCGGGCGGUGGCUCUACGGCGGCCGCGAGGGUGACGGCUGCGGGGCGCCCGGCGGGGGGGGCGGCAGCGGCGGCGGGGAGGACGACUUUUUCGUGCAGCACGCGCAGCAGCUGGAGGUGAGGGACCCGCGGUUCUGGUCUCAGGCGUUUGUGCUCGCGGGCGGCGGCGGCGGCGGCGCGUGCCUGGCCGGCGAGCGAAGCACCGGCGCCGGCGAGGCUUCCGGCCUCUCACGCGCGAGCAGCGGGGCGGAGGGCGCCGCGGCCGCGGCGACGGCGGAGGGCGCGGCGGCGGCGGCGGCGGCUGCGGCGGGCUGCCCGUCGUUCCUGGCGACCCUGGCUCCGGGGAUCCUGUCGGCGGGGAAGAGCCUGCGGCUGCUGCGCCACAUGCAGCAAGAGCAGCUCGCGGCGGCGCCGCUGCAGAUGCGCAUAGAGGGGCCCAGCGGCGACGCGCGCGGCGCCGGGGUGUGCCGCGAGCGGCGGCGCAAAGGGUGGGACAGGCGGGGUAGCAGCGGCGGCGGCGGGGCGGCUGCGGCGCAGACGGGGGCUGCGGCACGGCUUCAACAUGCGGCGGGCGGCGGCUGUGAUGGCGAGGGGGGCGUGGUCGGCGCUCAUGCCGCUCCAGUGCGCAUGAGCGCCGCCGCGAGGCUGCAGCUGGCGGUGGCGGCGGCCGCGGCGCAGCAUGGGGAGGACGGGGAGGCGUUCCAGCUGCGAUUUGCGGAGGAUGCGUGCGCGCUGCUCCGGCGCUGGGACGCCGCAUUGCCUCGGGACUCCCCUGGCUGCAGCGGCGCCGGCGGCAGCAGCGGCGACGGUGACAACGGCAGCAGCAUCGGCGGCGCCGGCGGCGGGGCGCUAAGCCAAGAGGGCGCGUCGGCUGCCUGGGGCGGCGGCGGCGGCUGGGGGCAGCAGCGAGACAUGUUUGCCACGCUGGAGGGCGCGGGCCUGCGGCUGCGCUGCCCUGGCGGCAUGCUGGCGCGGCGGGAGGAGGCGAGCGCGCGGCAGGGCAGCGAGGACGGCGGCGGCGUCGGCGCGGCCGAGCAGCCGCUCGGGGAGCAGCUAGCCGGCAUGGGCCUGCGGUCGCCAUUGGGAAACCAACUCACCACAGGUCUGGGCCGCAGCAGCGCUGAGCCAGCCUGCCUUGCGGAACCUGCGGCGCCAGCAGGCACCAGUGGACGUGCGGCCGACGAGCCGGGCAGCCCAAGCUCAGGGGAGCCCGGCGGCGCCGCAGCGGCGGCGGUCAGCAUCGAGGGGUGCGGUGUCAGCGGCCGCGACGGGGUGCCCGCGCUUUCGGAUUGGGGUUUGCAGCUGAGCAGAGACAUGGCGGCGGCGGACGCACGCCUCUGGCGGAUGGUGCCCUCUGGACCGGGCGGCCGCGGCCAGUGCAGGGGCGGCGCCUGGGGCGAUGAUGCUUUCUGUGCCAGCGGCGGCGGCGGCGGCGGCGGCGGCGGCGGCGGCGGCGAGGAGCCGGAUGGGGCGUGCACAGGCGUUGCCGCGGGGCCGCAAGAGUGGCCGGCGGAGCUAUGGCCGCUCCGCUCCAGGCAGCGCGCGCCGUUGCCGGCAUUCGGCGCCGCCGGCGCGGGCAUUGUCGGCCGCGGCGGCGCGUGGCUGUCGGCGCCUCAGCGGCCGCAGCGGCGCCUGGCGUGGCUGCUGUCUGAGCCGCCGCGGUUUGUGGGGCCGGUGCAGAUGAUGAUGGAGCGCGCCCUGCUGGAGCCGCUGCGCGACAGGGUUGACGCGGUGGGCAGGGAGCUGCUGGGCCGCAUGCUGGGCGAGUGGGGCCUGCAGACGGAGCUGCGGGCGCUGGCGGGCGCGUUCCUGCUGGCCAGCCCCGCGGCGGCGGCCUGGGCGGACGCGCUGCUGGAUGGGGUGGAGCGGGGCGGGGGUCUGGAGGGUCUGGACGCGGCCGAGCUCACCAUAGGCCUGCAGGCAAGCAACUUUCUUGGCAUGGCGCGGGGGAGGCCGCGGCCGCGGCCCCCGAGGACGCCCCCCUGCCCGCCCCGGGCAGCCUGGUCGUGUCAAUAG